AUUCUAUGAUACCAGUACUUGGUGUCUGUUUCUGCACUUUCUUUUAGGGUUAUCACACUCCCCAUAAAUACAUUUUCCCUGUGCUGGUGGCCAUCAAUGCGUCCUGUGGGAGCAAGUUCCUUAGUUUAAAUAUGUGCUGCAUAUUUAAACUACUUUUAUCUGUUCCAAAUCUUCCAACAUUCAACUUCAUUGGAUGUCCUUGAGUUCUAGCAUUAUAAGAGAGGAAGAAAAUCUUUAUCCUUUUUCUCCAUACCAUGCAUAAUUUUAUAAUCUUUUAUUAUGUCACCACUUACUCACCUUUUCUUUAAACUAAGAAGUCCCAAAUGCUGUGCCACCUUUCUUCCCAGGUGAGUUGCUCCAUCCCAUUUAUCAUUUAGGUUGCCCCUUUCUGAACCUUUUCCAAGUCAAAGGCGCACAAAUGUGCGCGUGGAAACAGACCCAUGUAUGCACGAAUGCCGGAGUGUAGGGACAGCCUUUAUUGCCCUGCAUAUAAACAACAGAAGAAGAAGAAUGGAAUUGCUUUAAGAACAUACACUCUCCUUAACUGUCCCUCCCCUCUAGUGACUGAUGCGGGGAGGUGGUUGACACCCCAACCAGGUAUUAUAGACUCAGCUCCUUCUUGGAUUCUCAGAUUGCACUUAAGAGUUUCCCAGUAACAGCUCUUACUGAUUUGGUUAAUAUUAUGUAUUGCAUUUACUUUAGGCCUUUUUAUUAUUACACCUUUUCAUGUCAUAAACUUUUUUCCACUUUGUACAUAUGGUUAGGAAUGGACUAUAUGUACAUAAACAUUUUUAUUGAAGUGCUUGUGGAUUAGGCUUGCAGUAGCACACAAUCCAGGCCAGAUAUUACAGAGUGCUAUCACAGAAAGGGCCCUGUCAGAAAUAUAAAAAGCAAAUAGAGACCAGGUGCACACACAGAUCUCCUCUCCUUAACAGAUCUUAGGUAACAGCAAACAUAAACAGUAGCUACUGCCAUGGUGAUUAUUCCAAUCACUCUGGGCUACUUUGCUGCAUCAUUUUGGCUGGCUAGCACCACCUGCCAGUUACCAGCAUAGCAACAAUAGAAACUCCAUAUGCUGUUGUAGUCCUUUCCUGCAAGGAAGAACAAGUGCCCAGUGCCUUCCAAAUAAACACCACCCUUUGUGGAACAGCAGCAGCAGUCACUCCUCAUGAUGACGGAUCUGGUGGCUUUCCACUGUGCCAACUGCAGGAUGGGGUUCCGCUCCAGGCAGCUGCUAGAAAAGCACAUGGAAAAAUUCUGCAUUGGAGAGGAGACUGCAUCUGAUGCCAGAUACCGAAACAGGCAAGCCCUCCGUAAGGGGAAAGAACCUAAGAAAGCAGAGACUCCGGACAGCAUGCAUCAUCAGCUACAAGCACCAAAAACAAAGAAGCAUCACUUGGAUGGGGAAUAUGAGGAACAAGCACACCACUCCAGAAGCUUUGAUCAUAAAGGAAGUGUUUCAGACAGCCAGGCCUUGAAGAAACUGACUGAAGAGUUCCACAAACUGAGGAUGUCACUGGAAGACACUCUUCCUACAUUCAGGACAUUCCAGGCAGAGGAUAACGACAGACACCAGCGGGAAUACUGGAAGCGCCAACAGCAAAUGGCAGAAGAACAUGAGCGCCAUUUGGCAGAUAUCCAGGCCAGAAACCAGUACCUGGAGCAGCAGAAGGAUGAGAUCCAUAGGCGCCUGUCUGAACUGAAGCUAGGGAACUCGGCUACAUCUCAUAUUGAACAGCUGCUGGUGGAGUUGACUACCCAGGAGGGAAAAAACCAACUGGCUUUGGAUGCUCUGCGGAAACAAGUGGAACUCCUGCAGGUAUCAGCAGAGACCAGAAGCAAACCCAAAUCACCCAUCAACAGACAGACAGACAGUACUGAGGGCAACAAAGAGAAGAAGGUCUUCAAGUCUAUGUCAUUUCCAGCAGCAGUUGGACCCCUCUCUUCAGAGAUACAGGCACUUUACCUGGCUUAUUUGCAGGGGGGAGGCAGUGACCAUAACAUCCUCCGUCAGAUGUAUGAGCUGCAGGUGGAGGCCACAGCCCUGGAGAAAGUAGGAGCAAGGCCUGAGCGCAAGGGCAGAAAGAAGAAACAUGAAGGUAGCCCGAACUCCUACCCACGGGGUUUGGAUGCUGAGCUCCUGUCUGUUGAGCUGGAGAACCAGAGGCUGGAAGAUGAGAUAUUAAAGUUGAAGAUCCUGAAGGACAGAAGGAAAAUAGAAGAUGGGUCUUCAGGCACAGAGCUGGUGCAACUGCAGCGGUUACACAUGGCAGAGAUGGCUCAGCUGCAUGCAGAGAUUGGCAGCCUGAGACAUGACACAGAGAGGAUGAAGCUAAGACAUCCCAAGAGGGGGUCACCACUACCCCGGCUGCCACCUCCUAUAGCUCCACCCCUGCCACCUCCUCCCCCUCUUCUUGGAUUGCCUGACCCUACCUUUCCAGCUAGUAACAUGGACCCCAUGAGAGCAUCUGCCACAGCUAUGAGCCAGUACUUCCUGGACCCUUCUGAUGCCCUGGGACCAGCGCCAUAUGAUCCGGCGUCUGGCUUUGUGAUAUUCUAUGAUUUUCUUUUGGGCCUGGAUCCCACAUUCUAUCAAGUCUGUCUGGUCUCUGGCCUGUUCCGCAAUGGGCAAGAGCUGGGCAAGCCCACCCCACUGCCCGUUGUCUCCUCUGAUAUGGGUCAAUACCCACAGUAUGUGACUGAUGGGCAAAGAGGGUGCUGCGCCAUCUUAGCAGCUAGGCAACCAGUCCCAAGAGUCCUUCCUUCAACCACCAUCACCCUCAUAACUGAGCUUCAAGCAUCUGGAGGCUUUGAUGCUUAUGGACUGGAGAUCCAGAAUCUGGCCCCCAGGGGGUGGGCCAAAAUCAACAUCUUUGACCAUCUACAUCAAGUGAUGUGUGGGCGCUGGAAGAUCCCCAUCCGAGUGCUUCCUAUGAAGCCAAGCCUUACUCCAGAACAGUUGAAUGGUGUGCCCCAGCUGGGCAAAGCAGAGCUGUACUUGCGACUAGUGAAUGCAAGAGAUGCUGACAUGCAGUCAAUGGCAGAGAUUCAUCCAGGCAAUGCCUCCUUGUACAAAUACCCUCCUACAGUGUCCAGUUGCACAGCACCCCCUACAGACUUUCCUCCAGCCCAGCGCUCUUUCCACCCUGCCCCCACCAGCCUGUUCUUCUCUGUCCCUCCUUACACUGGCUUUGUUGACUCUCCUCCUGAUCAGGAACAGCCUCUCCAAUACAAACCCAAUAAAAGGUGAGAAAGGAGGAAGACCACCCCUUUCUCCUUUCAGGACUAGGCUUUCCUUCUAAUGAAGAUAAGUCAGCAUAGAAAUGCCUACUGUCUUCCUUUGUAUACUUCUCUGUGUGUUUUGUGUAUAAAUGAAACAACUAAAAGAUUAUGCAUCUCUAAUCCACCCACGUCUGUGAUUUUCUCUGUAUUUUUAAUUAAGGAUAUGGGGGCUGUUUUUAAGGGUGCAUCUGCAUGAGGUUUUGGUGGUGGCAGGAUUGGAUGUACUUACCCAUCUGCACAGCAGAGGGUAGUUAUAGUCUGCUCUGCCUGCAACUGACCAUAUAAACUAAAACACAGCAUCAGUUAAUAUUUUCUUUCCACAGACUAUACCACACCACAAGGAGAGCUUUCUCCUGACCUUCCCAUUGGCAGCAGAACACCAAAAUGUGUUCAGAAUAACUGUUUGUACAUAUGAUCCCUAAAAAUGUAAUUAUUCUGCCAUGAUUAUCUAGAGUCUUCCUUGUUGUGUGUGUCUGUCCAUGUCAAUCACUACAAGAUUAAAGACAUUCACACAUGCAUGGCACAUUAGUCUAUCAAUAGCUGUUAACUGGAACAUCCUAUAUUCAGAGACUGCCUCAUUAGCAAAUGCUGAGGACACUGCCUUUGGCUUUGUUUAUGCAUUGGAGAGGAUAUAACAGAGGCACCUUUUUAGUCCUAAAAAAAUAAAUUCAAAAAUCCGCCGUAAAACCAGACUGCCUCUAUUAAAGUAGGCUGAUAGGAUCAUGUUUCUAAUUCUUUCUCUCAGUCAAUUUCAGUGUGAUUACUUUAUAUUGGAAGUCAUGUACUUGAAGUGCUUGUGAA